ACGAUUAGGCCCCGCCCCCCAGUGCCGGCGGGAGGGAGCGUGCAGCGCGCGGGGCUGCGGCACCCACCGAGCGGCCCGCGGCGGGACCGCGACCGGGGUCCUCCGCACCGCCUCCGCCACCGCGCACCGGCGGGCCGCUCCGCUCCGCACCGCCACCGCGCACCGGGGCCCGGCGCCCGCACGCCGCCCCGCGUCGGGACCUCGCCCCGGGACCUCCGCUCCGCGCCGGCCCCGGCAGCGCCGCCCGCCCGCCCGCCCGCCGGCGGGGUCCCGGUGGCUCCCGGGGCGGAGCGGAGCGGGGGCAGGUGCUGGAGGGAGGAGGGGGGGUCCCCGUGUCUUCUGCCCUGCCAGAGGAGGUGGAAACCAAGAGAAAGCUCUGAUCGAGCCUUCCCAGCACCACAGAGAAGCUGUGAGCAGCCAAACUCACAAACAGGGUGACACCAUCCUGCCGCCUGCCUGGCCCCGUCUCCAUCCCACUGCCAGCACUGCCACCAUCCCCUUUGUCCCCUGCCAAUGCCAGCAGGUGAAGGCUGUGUGCUCAAUCCCUGCACUGGCAUCCCAAGUGUGGGGCCAAGCUGUGGGCCCCGCUUUUUCCUGAGGGACAGUGGCAAUGGGGUCUGCUCUCUCCACUGGAGCUGUCGUGGCAAUUUCUUUUAACUGUGUCAUUGCGUUGCUUAUCCUCAUCCUCUUCCUCAUCCUCUGCAAGGCCUGCAGGACCCCCUCAUGCCCCAAGAAGAGCCCAGCUUCUGAUAUGGAUGAAGCAAGGAACGAAGAGAAGUACCUGCUGCAGCCCUGAGCUGCCUGAGGACUUGAGUACCCAGCUGUGCCAAAGGAGUCGCACCAGUGCGGAUGCUGGCACUGGGACUGAGGUGCUGGACUGCGCAUGAUGAGAGCAGAGGGGAUGCUGAGCUGCUCACAGGGGCCAUGACAUGGGCCACAGCCCUUCACCUGGGUGGUUUCGGUGUGGGAAGUCCCUGCAGAUGCCCACAGUGAUUAUGGGGAUAGAGAGACAGUGGCUGGGGAUGUGCUACAGGGACAACCCUGCCUGUCCCAGCAGCCAGCGAGCACAGCAGGAGCCCUGCCCUCAAGGGCACCCCGUGUAUGGGGACAGCCCAUGGGCUCCUCCCUGGCGCUCGUGGCCCAGGCCAGUGACCACCGUGUCACGCGCCCGAGUGGGGCUGGAUUGGGAAUCGGAGAGGGGAGGCAGCAAGGCUGGCACAGGCAUCUGUCCCUGAGCAGGCUGGCUGCCCCAUGGUGCAGUGCCCCUGGUGGGACCCCCGCAGCUCUGGCCCCGCUGGCCGAGCAGGGUGUUACUGGCCUGGGUGUCUGGGGGUGGCCCCAGGGUGCCGUGUGCCCCCAGCUUCAGGAGGGCUUUUGGUGCCUGUCUGCCCCAGCAGCCAGUUUAAUGAGCCACAAGAGGGUCUGCAUGGCCUUUCCAUUCGUCCCCAGUCUGUCUGUCAGUCCCCUCCAGCAUUAGCACCAACACCAACAGGCUAACUGCCCUCCUUGAUGGGUGUGCAACCCUGCCUGCUCUCCUGCCUGCUCCCAGCCAAGGCCAGCUGGUGGGAUCUGACCUGUCCACGGGCAGCAGACAUGCUCUCAUUGGCAUCCCCAUCCCUGCUGAGAGCAGCCUGGGAUGGCUUUUUGCUGGGGAGGUGGGAGAUAUGGGAAGAUAAGCAUCUUCCCUUACCAGCAUUGAAGGGUCUCCCAGCCCCAUCACUCCCCAGGGACCACUGUGGCUCUGCAGGAAGGGAUGCUGGUGGUCUGGUUUGUCCCCAGGCCUGGCAGCUGCCUGCAGGUGCUGUGUGUUUUGGAGGGCUCUGCCCUGCCCAUCCUAGAGCAGAGCAAUAGCUGAGGUCCCCACUGGCACAACCACUGCCAUAAGGGGACAGAAAGGUGCGUUGUGCUGGGAAGGGUGCCAGCCAGGGUGCCUGCAUAGGCUUGGCCAGGCCUGGCAGACCCUGUGGUUCCUCCCCAUGUCAGGCAUAGCUAACGCAUCCCUUUGCAGCAUUUUUACUAGACUAAUAAACUAAUAGUAGGAACGA